UUAUCCGGAGAAACAGUUACAUUUUCGUCCAUAUUUAUCGUGUACGUUGCUGUGGAGUGUUGGAUUAUUUUGUCGUUUUGGUUAGCUUUUAUCUUUUCGCAUCGGAGAAUACAUAUUGUUCAAGCCAAGAAGCAAUCUUGUGUCGGGAUGGGAGACAAAGGAUUUUCAGUGCUUCGCCCGAUCUUCUGCUUUGCCUCCUUCCUUGUAACGCUGCACCUCGUUAAUGGAGACCUGAGUUAUUCUAUUCCCGAAGAGAUUAAACGCGAUUCUAUUAUUGGAAAUAUAGCCAAAGAUCUCGGCCUUGAUCUGAGGACAUUUUCUUCAAGAAAUGCCCGACUUGAUUUUGAAGGAACUCGGAAGCGUUACUGUGACAUUAAUCUGAGUACCGGGGAUUUGGUGACAUCGGAGAGAAUUGACAGAGAAAACCUUUGUGGCAAGAAACCCUCGUGUGUUGUGAAAGUAGAUCUGGUGUUAGAAAAUCCUUUGGAGCUUCAUCGACUGAGUCUUCAUAUUCAAGACGUAAACGACAACUCGCCAAAAUUUAGAGAACAUUUGCUUGAAAUGGAAAUAAGUGAGUCAGCUGAAAAAGGUAACCGCUUCUCUAUCGAGGAGGCCCAUGAUGCAGACAUAGGUCAAAAUGCUGUUCAAAGGUACAACCUUCAAAAGAAUGACAACUUUAUUCUUGCUGUUGACAGCAACAAAGUUGAACUCGUACUGGAGAAUAAACUUGAUCGAGAAAAACAGAAAGAGAUAAAUUUGCUCCUUACAGCUCUAGAUGGUGGCUCUCCUCAGAGAUCAGGUACAGUAGUCAUACAUGUCACUGUACUGGAUGCUAAUGAUAACGCCCCAGUGUUUAGCCAGGCCGUUUAUAAAGCCAGUCUGCCUGAAAACUCUCCUGUAGAUACAAUAGUGCUUCAUGUCAGUGCUACUGACGCAGAUGAAGGAGUGAAUGGAGAUGUAACAUACGAUUUUGGCCACAUAUCUGAUGACGAUGUAAAUGUUUUCUCAAUUGACCCUAAAACUGGAGAAAUUAGAGUAACUGGUGUUAUUGACUUUGAAGAAAGUAGUUCUUUUGAAAUGAGAAUACAAGCUAAAGAUGGUUUAGGUUUAACAUCUUAUGCCAAAGUGUUAAUAGAUGUUACUGAUAAGAAUGACAAUGCUCCAGUGAUAUAUCUGAAAUCACUGACUAACCCCAUACCUGAGAACGUGUCACCUGGUACAGAGGUGGGCAUCAUUAACGUGCAGGAUAGAGACUCUGAGAGUAACGGACAGGUCCGCUGCUCCAUUCAGCAAAACGUCCCUUUUAAGUUGGUUCCUUCUAUUAAAAACUAUUAUUCUCUGGUGACCACAGGACAACUGGACCGUGAACUAUUGUCUGAUUACAACAUUACAAUCAGUGCCACUGAUGAGGGCUCUCCACCUCUGUCCUCCUCUAAAACUGUUCAGUUAUCUGUAGCAGACAUCAACGACAACCCACCUGUUUUUGAGGAACAGUCCUACAGCGCAUAUGUGACUGAAAAUAACAAACCUGGCUCCACUUUAUGUUCCGUUACUGCUCGAGACCCCGACUGGAGACAAAACGGUACAGUGAUUUAUUCUCUGUUAUCCGGUGAGGUGAACGGUGCCCCGGUGUCCUCCUAUUUAUCUGUUAACGGAGACACGGGGAUGAUCCACGCUGUAAGGUCGUUUGAUUAUGAACAGUUCAGGAGUUUUAAAGUUCACGUGAUGGCCAGAGACAACGGUUCUCCUCCACUCAGCAGCAACGUGACCGUCAGUGUCCUCAUAUCGGAUGUGAACGACAACUCUCCUCAGAUACUGUACCCCGCCCCGGAGGGCAACUCGUUUAUGACAGAGCUGGUCCCCAAAGCUGCACACGGAGGCUCUCUGGUGUCCAAAGUGAUAGCGGUGGACGCGGACUCCGGACAGAACGCCUGGCUGUCCUAUCAUAUAGUGAAAUCCACUGAUCCGGGACUUUUCACUAUUGGUCUCCACAGCGGAGAGAUCAGGACACAGCGGGACAUUUCUGAAUCUGACAGCAUGAAGCAGAACCUUAUUGUGGCAGUGAAAGAUAACGGACAGCCCUCUCUCUCUGCCACGUGUUCCAUGUAUUUACUUAUUUCUGAUAACUUGGCUGAGGUGCCAGAACUGAAGGAUAUUUCUUAUGAUGAGAAGAAUUCCAAACUGACUUCUUAUCUGAUCAUCGCGCUGGUCUCUGUGUCCACCUUUUUUCUGACCUUCAUUAUCAUCAUCCUGGGUGUGAGGUUUUGUCGCAGGAGAAAGCCCAGACUGUUGUUUGACGGAGCAGUGGCCAUCCCCAGCGCGUAUCUCCCUCCAAAUUACGCAGAUGUUGACGGCACAGGAACUUUACGCAGCGCUUACAAUUAUGACGCAUACCUGACAACAGGUUCUAGAACCAGUGACUUUAAGUUUGUGACAUCUUACAACGACAACACACUUCCUGCUGACCAGACUCUGAAGAAAAGUCCAACAAAAUUCGCUGAUCUUUUUGGAGAGUCAGAUGGAUCUCCGGAGGAAGUCUUCAUGUAA